AUAAUUAUCUAGCAACAAUGUAACACGUUCAUUUUAAAAAUAAAUUUAAUCGCAGACGAUAAUGGAAUCGUGGUGACAUAAUUCGGACGCAACAGUUUCAAGAAAUUUAUCUGUCGAAAGUACUUGUAAAUAGAUGACUCGCAUAAAUGAGUAGAGAUCAGGAUAAUUAUAAAAUAAUAAUACAAAUUAAUUGGUGCUAAGUCUCACACAGUGAUUUCGAAAAUGAUUUGGUUGUUUGUAGUUGCGUUUAUAGUGCUCUUUGUUCUUAUUAUUUAUGACCAAUUUAAAGGAUUCAUAUUUGCCACAAUAUACAUGCAUAAAUUACCAGAACCACAAGCUAAUUUUUUUGUCGGAAAUAUGUCUUCUCUUUUUGAUACCCCGGAAAACAUAUUCAAAAUUUUGAGAAAAUGGGGGCGCGAUUACUAUCCAAUAUAUCAUACGUGGGUGGCUCACUUGUCAGCUGUCAAUAUCGUAAAUCCUUAUGAUUUUGAGAUUAUUAUGUCUAAUAUGAAACACAACACGAAGGGAUACUUUUAUCACAUGUUUCAUAACUGGUUAGGUACAGGACUGUUAACGAGUGAAGGAAGUAAGUGGCAAGAAAGAAGAAAAAUAUUAACGCCAGCUUUUCAUUUUAACAUCCUGCAAGAAUUCAUUAAGGUUUUUGAAGCAGAAACAAAAAAUCUGGUUGACGUUUUUAAGCAAGAAUGCCACAAGCCCUACAUUGCUAUAACCGACUUCAUAUCUGAUUUUACUUUAGACACCAUAGAAACUGCAAUGGGAACAAAUUUUAAAGAAGAGAACAUAAAAGUUAGCGGAAGAGACUAUAAAACGGCUAUUCAUGAAAUUGGAAAAAUAUAUGUUUACAGGUUAAGUCACCCGUGGUUGUUGCAUAAUUUGUUCUACGUUUUCGUGCCGCAGUAUUUCAAGGAAAAAAAAUUAAUUCAAACUUUGCACACUUUUACUACUAAUGUAAUUUCAAACAGACAAAGGAACUUUAGAUCGAUAAAAGCACAAAAUGAAGUAGAUUUUUCUUAUUCUAAACGCAAACGUCUAGCCAUGUUAGACUUACUUCUCGCUGCUAAAAAACAAGAAGGAUGCAUUGACGAUGGCGGUAUUAGAGAAGAAGUAGACACUUUUAUGUUCGAAGGACACGACACUACGUCUGUGGCUAUUUCUUACGCUCUCAUGUUAAUCGCUUGCCAUCGCGAUAUACAAGACAGGAUUUACGAAGAAAUACAGCAAGUAGUCCCUGAGUCCUCUCAGCUUAAUUACCAGAUCUUACAAGACCUUAAAUACAUGGAAAUGUGCAUUAAAGAAGUUCUUCGAAUGUACCCCAGUGCACCCCUCAUUGCUCGAGUCUUAGGUGAAGAUAUAAAAACGCACAGUGGCUACAUCUUAAAAACUGGUUCGAUGGUUCAGCUUCAUAUUUAUGACGUCCAUCACAACCCUGAUAUUUACCCAAAUCCCGAAAAAUUUGAUCCAGAUCGGUUUUUGCCGGAAAACUGUCAGAAUCGACAUAAUUUUGCAUAUGUGCCUUUUAGUGCCGGACCAAGGAAUUGCAUUGGACAAAAAUUUGCAAUUUUGGAAAUUAAGGCUGUAUUAUGUGGUAUUCUUGCAGCAUUUAUUUUAGAACCGGUCGACACUCCAGAGACUGUUGAAUUAAUUGGCGAUGUUGUUCUGAGAAGCAAAGAUAACAUCAAAGUGAAGUUUAUUCCAAGAAAAAAUGUCAAGGUUUAAAAUGAGACAGUUUUUUGUUAUUAUUUGGAAUUUUACUCUACUUAAUAAAGUUUUAGACAGA